GUAGUUCCGGCGGCCACCACCUGGGGGUGGGGAGCUGCCGUAGACUUCAUUCCUUAUUCGUGCACGGCAACGAGCGCACGCGCUAAAAUCAUGCCUAAGCGUACUAUCGACGAACGAAUUAGUGCAUAUCACAAAAAAAUAGAAGAAUUACAACGAAAGAAAAAUAAAGAACCACCUUAUAAACGGAUUCGAGUAAUUCAGUCCUCGUCUGACGAGGACAAUGACCAAGAUACAAAUAUUGUUGUCCAUCGUCCUUUAACGGACCAAAUUAAUCGAGAAGGCAGCGUGACUGAACCUUUUCAAGUCGAGGGGCACCAGUGCACUCAACCAUUACCAAUGAAUGACCUCGAGGUGAAUCCUCGCCAAAACACUGAGCCAGAACAUGAGAUAGCCGAGCCGGAGGUGGAGCAAAGUGCUCCUAUGCCCGAUGAAACCGCGCAAGCAUCCGCGGAAAUGGUAGAACCGGAACUACUUAUGGCCUUGGGCGAGUCCACAGAUGAUAUACCUGAAUUUGGUAAACCGAUACACGACAGUUUAGCCAGUCUGUGGUUACCUCUACUAAAAAAGGGUCUGCUCAAAGAAAACAAAGAAAAACUUUUAAAAAGUUAUUUAAUACCCGAAAACUGCAAGCUUCUGCAGUCACCAAAACUUAACGCAGAGAUCUCAGCUGCAGUAUCUGAAAUAGUCAGAGGGCGCGAUAAAAAACUGUCUGGUUUUCAACAACAGCUCGGUGCAGGCAUUACUGCACUCAAUAAGGGUAUGGAGAUCCUACUAAAUAGCGAUAAUAAAGCCCAGGCUCUGACUCAUUUCAGUGACAGCUGUCGAAUCUUGACAGACCUUCACUGCGCGUCGACCAAAGAUAGAAUAAAAUUGAUAACUCCUAGUCUGGAAAAUGGACAGUGA